GGUUUGUAAACACUAACCUGUCAACUACCCGGAUAGCCGGGAGCUAGCUUACAAACGCACUUUUUUAAAUUUGAAUUUCACCUUUUAACAUCUUAUUUUUGCUGUUUUGUCAUCAUUCAUCCGUUAAUUAUGAAUGGCUGUCAUGGGAAUUCGUAGGAGUUAAUAAAUGCUGGGUUAGCUCACUCGAAUUCCCAGUUAGGAUCAGUAAAUUAGCUUUCCCUGCCAGUCAUGGCUUCCUAGGGAUAAAAAAGGGUUAAAAGAAACCUGAAGUUUUACUUUUUUAUUUGUUUAUUUAUUUUGCAUCUGUUCCCCCGGAGGCCAUCUGUGGCAGGAUGAUCUCUCAGGUCUUCAUCUUGUCCUCGAAGGGGGACCAUCUCAUUUAUAAAGACUUCCGUGGAGAAGCUGGUAACGACAUCGUCAGUAUUUUCUACGAGAAGGUCACGGCGCUGACCGGAGACCAGCCUCCGGUCGUCAUGAAUCAUAAGGAUCUUUACUUCGUCCACAUCAGGCAGGGAGGACUGUACUGGGUCGCCACGACCACGGCGGGCUCCUCGCCAUUCACCAUUAUUGAGUUUCUCAACAGGUUAGCAGCUCUGGUUAAAGAUUACUGCGGCAGCCUCUCAGAGAAGUCGGUGCAGAUGAACUUCGCCCUCAUCUACGAGCUGCUGGACGAGAUCGUGGACUACGGUUACAUCCAGACGACGUCCUCUGACGUCCUGAAGAACUUCAUCCAGACUGAAGCCGUCACCUCCAGGCCGUUCAGCCUGUUUGACCUCAGCAAUGUCGGCCUGUUUGGAGCAGAGACGCAGCAAAGCAAAGUGGCUCCAAGCUCUGCAGCCACCAGGCCAAUCCAGUCCAGCAGAGAGCAGGGAGGGAAGAGUGAGAUAUUUGUGGACGUGAUUGAGAGGAUGACGGUCGUCAUCGGCUCCAACGGAGUUCUGAUGAAGGCAGAUGUGGAGGGCGAGAUCAGGGUGAAGUGCUACAUGCCGAGCUGCUCAGAGAUGCGAAUCGGACUGAACGAAGAGUUCAGCAUCGGCAAGUCUCAGCUCAGAGGUUACGGCGCCGCCGUUCGGGUCGACGAGUGCAGCUUUCACCAGGCGGUGCGGCUGGAUGAGUUUGACAGCCAUCGGAUCCUCCGACUGUGUCCCAGCCAGGGAGAGCAAACUGUGAUGCAGUACCAGCUCAGCGACGACCUGCCGUCUGCGCUUCCUUUCCGACUCUUCCCCACCAUCGAGAGAGACAAUGGAGGAAGGCUGCUGAUGUACAUGAAGCUUCGCUGCGAUCUACCACCAAAGAGCGCCGCCAUCAACGUGUGUGCCACCAUCCCCGUCCCCAAAGGCUCUGUGAGUUUGUCGCAGGAGCUGAGCAGCCCGGAUCAGAGCGCCGAGCUGAAGCCGCAGAGCCGAGCCGUCGUCUGGCAGAUCGCUCGCUUCGCUGGAGGGACACAGCUCUCAGCGCUGUUCAAGCUGGAGGUCCCCAGCCUCAGCUCGGCCUCUAUGUUGGAGGUCGGUCCAGUGGGCCUGAGCUUCGAGCUGCCGAAGAUCACUGCCACGGGGCUGCAGAUCCGCUUCCUGCGCCUGUCGCCCAUCCAGCCUGGCCCCUCGCAGCGUUGGGUCCGAUACGUCACCCACUCGGACUCCUACACGAUCCGGAUCUGAACAUUUGGAUUACCUCAGCGAGAAGAUGAUCUUACUGACUGAUCACAGGACUGGAGACGAGACACGUGACAUCAAUAAUGCAAAUGUGAUUCUCGCUGUUUCAUCCUUUUGUGACUCUGUGUUUGGUGGUUUGUGCAGAAUCGGAGCUGCUUUAGUUCAGGAAUAUCAGAGAAGAGGAAGCUUGAAAAACUCUGGUGAGAAGUUUCUUGUAUGUGCUGAUUCAGUUGAAUCAUUUCUGCUCAGUGACCAGUUCCACUUCUCUUUGUCCUCCUUGCAUUUAACCUUCUAGGCAUGACAUAAAGUUUAAAUUAAAAUUGACCUUUAGGACACUGUGUGGCUCUUUGUUUCCUCUGAGCAGCCUCUCAGGAUGGAUGGAUGGUGGCGCUGAUGAUGAGGAUGUAAGCAUCCUGGAAAUGAAGAGCCAGCUGUUACAUUUCCAUUCAGGCCUUUAUAAACAAUCCCUGUUAUUAGUUCUUGUGUUCUUUUUGCUCAAGUUCAAACUAAAGUUUAAACUACUGAAUUCCUUCAGCUGCUGUUCAUGCUGAUGUUCAGAAGAGCCAUGCUGGAGCUAACUGGUUUAAUUUGACAUUGUUUGUCUUUGCUAGUCCUAAAGUUUGGGGGAAAAGAAGGCAGCGUGACUUCUUUAUGUUUGUAAAGACAUGUCACGUCUCAUCCAAGGAGCUUCUUCAGUUCUAAAACAAGAGGUGGAGAGUCCUUGGUAUUUAACCUGUUUGGAAUCGAUCCUGACAGUCGCUGGCAUGGGUCAUUACCAUCAGUGGGGGUUAAGGGCGAAACCACCUUGGCACAUGUGAUGAAGCCUCUGCUUAGGUCACCGGUCUUACUCUGCAGAAGUCAAUGACUUAGAGCAGCGAUUCCCAAAGUCAGGAGUGCUGCAAAACCUCCACUCUGAUCAAAGUGUGAGAGAGUGAUGCAUUUACAUGACAGUUUUAUUCAAAAUCAGUCUGUUGGCUAUAAACUGCUAAUGUUACCCAUUAGCAUUAGCAGUUUAUAUGCAAAGAGUUAAGGCUAACGUGACCCAUCUGUCACUAGGACACAAACUUCUCCUGCAGUUCAAGUUCACAUAAAUUAAUAUAAAUAUGUAAUUGUACUUUGUAAGUAAAUUAAAACUGAAUUUCUAUGACACCUGCAGUACCGUCACAGCCCACUAGGUUAGAUAACGGUCCACAGGACGAGAAUUCAUUGGCCCCCUGGUGGCCAUUAAAAAGAAUACAGGUUUAAGGCACUUCUGUAUUGGUUUCACUGUUAGAAAACCAACUUUUGGGGCUUAUUCAGGAUAAAAUAUUUCUGUUCACAAAGAACCAACUGUGAGCUCUAGAUGAAUCGAGUAAAGUGUCUGUUUGUCUAGCUUCAAAUAAACGUGUUAGUCCUUAAAGUCCAGUGAAGAACGUUCUGAUCCAAACCUCAUGUUGUGCAGAAACUGGAAGGAGAGACCUUUGAAAGCAGAUGUUGUUAGCACAUGUAGGCAGCACAAGAGCUACCUUUGAGCUACCAUCUCGUGUUCACGUGGAGGGUCCGCCACAUGGAGUGCCAUUCCAACCCAAUUAGUGUUAAGUGGAUUAUGAAGCCCUCGAAAACCGAGUGAGUGUUUGGCGAUGCUUGAUGCGUGAUCUGUGACUCCACUCCUCUCGAGCGCGCCGCCUGUUCAGUGUCAAAUGUAACAAACCUCCAGAUAUGAGCGGCAUGCUGUUAUUCCCUUGGUAAUUAAUAAGAACUUUCAAAAAAAUUGAAAUUUUGUUGGUGUAUCUAAGGACAGAAUUUAUGAAGUAAUGCAAUUAGUUCAAAUAACUAUAAUUUUAUUAUGCUUUCCCAGAAGAAGGGAGUGGGGUUUUCCCAUUGCUCUUGCUGUAACAUCGCCUUUAGUCUGAGAGCAGAGAGUUUAUCAGAUGAAUGAAAGUUUCCUAAAAUGCACCGAAGCCAAUGAACCAACAGACUAAGCCUAGAGUGAAAGUACGCAGCCUUAAGCUUCAAACUUUAACUGAUAUCAGUGUGUUAAUAAGAUUAAUAGAAAUAUGGUAUAAACAACAUGUUUCCUACGGAGCUAUCUGCUCAUUACAACAAGCUAACAGUGGGUAUGUUUUUGAUAUGUCAAGAAAUUAAACAGAAUCAACAGCAAAAUCUAUUUUUCAUUCAUCCAGGUGACUUUCUUGAGUCUGUGCUGACCACAGGUCUCCUUACAAACAGGUCACGGCAGUCUGCAUCAGAAAACAUUAUGUGAUGCUGUGGUUUUGAUUGUUGCACAGGUGACUGAACAAACCUGCAGUCAGCUGAGACUGAAGAUGUCAUCCACCUGGAUGACCUCAUCGAGACCAUUUUUUUAUUUAUUUUGUGAUUAAAUGUUCUAAAAGUGACAUAUGAACAAAUUCCUGUGUCAUAAGAAAUAAGUUGUUGUUUUAUUGUACGCCUGCAUUCGUGGUUAAAAACUUAAAUGAUGAAACGUCCCAGUUGAUGCUCAGUGUUCUGAUGCUGCAGCUGAUAAUAUCAGAAAUUAGUUACAAAAUAGUUUGAAGUUGUGAAAUGCGUGUUAAGUCUGGAACGAGGUGACAACAUCUAAUCUUUAACUGCACAAGGCGCAGGCUUAACUUGCAAAUGUCCUGCAAUGACGUCACAGGGCAAACGCCUGCAUGUCCUUUUACAGCGCAAACACUGUUCCUACAGCAGCUCAGAAGAACAUUAACAUCUAUGGAGGAAAUAUGGAAGCUCGUCUUUAACACUACAUUUAAAUUUCAAUCUAAUAACUCAAAACUAGGGUCAGUCUGACACUCAGUAACUCAAGAAAUGUUGUUUUAAUAAGGCAAGGCAAGUUUAUUUUAUAGCACAAUUCAACAACAAGGUGAUUCAAAGUGCUUUACAGAGACAUUAAAAACAAAAACAAAUAAAAAGCAUGAUUUAAAAUUGAUUAAAACAAACAAACAAACAAGUCCAAAUUUGAAGACAAUAGCCCAAAAUUGCGAUUUACAGAUUACAUGUUUUUAUUUUUUCUAGUGGCAGAGUAGCAUUUUUUGCAGUGGUGGAAAAGGGCUUCCUUCAAGAGCAGCCCUGAAGGCUUUUCUCCGACCGUGGCCUCUGGAUGAAGGUUGAACAUAGUCACUGUGACUUCGCUGCUUCAGUCUGUGGGCUCUGCUCCGUAAAGCCUGAAACCACGUAGUUUAUUGGUCAGGCACUCGGAUAAGCUGAGGUGAAGCCCAGCAGAACAGGUUGGAAAAAUGAAGCACGUGUCUUAAACCCGUGUUCUACCUGAAGACCAAUAGAUGGCGAUGACUGUGGUUGCAUAAAAAGACCUCCAGUCCCCUAGAGGCUUGUCACAUGAUGUCAGUCUGCAUUCCUCCAGGGUGGUCUGCAGUAUUGGAGGUGAUACACAUUAGGGCAAAGUAUGUAUUCCCUGAAUAGUUGGUGACGGUUCCUGGAGGUUGUUAGCGUAUGCCUGGUGAAAUCGGUUGCAAAGAGCACGCUGCGACAAAAACGUCUUUGUGGUUGCUUCGGUUGCCUGGAAGAUGCCAAUUGUGGGCAAACGCUUUGCUAAUUACUGAUGUGGUGACGGUGAAACCUGAAAUAGUGCGAUGCAAAUCAGAGAAGGGUCGCCUUCAAAGUACAAGUGAUGGCUCAGAACCACGCCGAUGUGUGUCAGAAGGCACAAAUUUCACUUUGAAGGUGAAUUUUCGACAUUUCUAUUUGUGUUGCUUUUUUCACAGCUUUGCAGACACAUUGGCGUGUUGCAUGCAAACCACGGAUGAUUGCAGCAACUUGCUAGCAACCAAAGCAAUCGCUGACGAGUUGGGGAAUACACUUUUCUCUCACAACUGACCAGCGGUUGCCAAACGGUUGCAGACCAGUCUGUAAGGACAUCACGUCUCAAAUGACGGACAAGUUAAAACCAUGUGGUUAGUGAUCAUGUAGACGUCUAUGGGAAAAAGUCAUUCCGAGUUUUUGGGCUCCGCUACUUGUUUUGUAUCUUUUUAAAUAAAAAAAAAAAAAUU